GGUCUCGUUGUAAGAAAGUCGCCGCCAAAACCAACGGACUUGUAUUCUACUGUGAAAUCCCAGAAGAUGGCGAAGUCUACGGCGUGGCUGCUUCUGACGAUCUUCGCCGUCUUCUCCGUCGCUUAUUGCGUCGACGACAAGUGCGCAGCUUGCAAUGCCGUUGCGGAGGAGCUAGAGAUUGGGCUUUCCAAUGAAAAACCGAGGAAUCAUUUAGAUAUGAGACACCGCCUUGACUCUACAGGUCAACGUAGAGGAAAGGUAAUUGAUUACAGGGUCAGCGAGCUCAGAGUUGUUGAACUCCUCGAUGGCCUUUGCGAAAAGAUGCAAGAUUACUCUCUUGAGAAGAUAGAUUCAACCGGUCAAGAGUGGAUCAAAGUGGAUGAUUGGGAUAACCUCACAACGAAUAAACAAGAAGCUCGAGCACAUUCAAAAGCUAUAUCGACUUAUUGCGGAAGGUUACUUGAGGAUACAGAAGAUGACUUGGCAGAAUUGAUAAAGAAAGGAUCUGUUAAAGUAGGAGGUGUAAGCAAGGUUCUUUGUCAAGAUUUAAGCAAGCACUGCAGUCAGACGAGUGCUUCCCAGCAGGUGGAGGUGGAUGCCAAUGGUCAUGGAUCUGAUGGAGAACUCUAAUUCACUAUCAAGAAAAAAAAAAUUCCUCAGUUUAGAACUCUAAAUUGGCAUAAUUACUCAGAGUGACUAAGUUAUGCUUAACUUGUAACCAAACAAAAUUUUGCUUCAAAUUAUUCCGCUGGCUGGAUGUACCGA